AUGUCGCUUUCGUCAGGCUCUAUUCCAUCAUUCAAGGAACGUCGUCCUUUCCAUGCACGAGAAAAGGAUGUGGCUGAAAUCAGGCGUCAGCAGCCAAAUAAAAUUCCCGUGAUCAUCGAAAGGUUUGAAGGUGAACGCAGUUUGCCGUUGAUGGAUCGUUGCAAAUUCUUGGUACCGGAUCAUAUCACUGUUGCCGAACUUAUGCAUAUUAUUAGACGCAGACUGCAGUUACAUCCGGAACAGGCCUUCUUUCUUCUAGUCAAUGAGAAAUCCGUCGUCUCCAACUCAAUGACCAUGUCUCAACUCUACCAAACAGACAGAGAUCAAGACGGAUUCCUGUAUGUUGUGUAUACCAGCCAGCCAGCGUUUGGAUUCUCAUCUAUAUCUCUUUCUGAAACUCAGGUCGUCCUUAUCAGCGAUUGGAAUUGA